AUGAACGUUGGGGACGAUGACGAUGACGAUGCCGUCAACAAACCCCAAAGACCACGACAUCAACGCCACCCGAUCACCCAAAAACCUUCGUCACCAUCAAAGCCAUGUGGCCAUCGCCAUCAUCUUCGUCGUCGUGUUGUUGAUCUCCAUCGCGAAUUGGCUCUCUCUCGUCUUCUCCGACGCCCCUUAGCCCUUCCCUGCCCCUCAAACCCUCACUCAAUCCUGUAA